AUUCAUCCAUAGCUUAGGGGAGUGGUGAAUUCAAGUCAAAUGAAUUCCAAAGGUUUUUGAAUAGCUUCAAACCCGGUUUGGUGGAAUACUGUGUGUGUCCGACUGUUUUUAUUUUACAGUAGCUGUUCUCUGGGGAAGUUAUCAGGAAUCCACUGGAAGACAACAUGACAAAGUUUUCUCUUCAGGCAAAAAUCUGUAUUUUAGUACCUUGGGCACUGAUGAUGAUGAUGAUGAUGAUGCACGGCGAGGCCGAGCCCGAGUUCGAGUUCUUCCUCCAGCCCAGACAUCUGACCUGGAACGGGGCCAGGAACCACUGCCAGGUCUGUUUCAAGGAGCUGGUGACUGUGACCGACAAAAACACCCAGGUCAUUGCCCAGACACUAACCUCUGAUUCCUGGAUCGGCCUCCGGAAACAUCUCCACCCCACCAGUAACUCCAGUCCCUCCAGUAUGCCGUGGAGCCACUGGGCAAACGGGGACCUCCUCACCUACCAGAACUGGUACCCUGGUUGGCCUGUGUUGAAUUCCCCCGGGGGCGUCCCAGGGACUGAAGACUUGUGUGUGGCCACGCUCAGUUUUGGGGCUUGGGUUGAAAAGAACUGCUCCGAGCUUCUGCCUUAUGUUUGUUAUGAUGAGCGUUCCUCUGGCCAAGUCAGCGUGACUGCCGUGACAACCAGUGGCGCCACUUUCACUUGGCAGCCCGUGGCUGGUGGCAUCAGCCAUUACCGCGUCGAGGUCGGAGGUGGCAUCCACCUGACGGCAAACAGCACCGAUCUGACCUAUGACCUUUCCAACCUGACAGCGGGCACCCGCUACUCCAUUCAGGUGUUCCCUGUUAAAUGUGAGCGGACCCUGAACCCACAGGUCGUCACCUUCUACACCAAACCUAACAAAGUCCCAAACCUCAAUGUGACCAAGGUGACGGAAACGUCAGUGUCUCUGAGCUGGAACAAACCAUCUGGACACGUGGAUUUCUACCAAGUUGAGGUCCACGGUGUUAAGCGUUCCGAAACCACAGAGGGGUCAGAGGUCGACGGUUUGACGCCUGGAAUCAGUCACACGUUCACCGUCCUCUCAGGACUCUUGAACGACCCCGCUUGGAGCGAAGCAUCGCACAUCACGACAGCUACAAAGCCUUCAAAAGUGUCCAACCUGAGUGUGUCUGAAAAUACCCCAAACUCUCUGCUGCUCAGCUGGACGCCGCCUGAGGGGAACACCACACAUUUCCGGGUGCAGGCCAUGAAUGACAGUAAUGACAAACUGUUUGAGAGUGUGGUGGGACGCGAGUGGACUCAUACUCGGCAGGAGGUGAGAGUGACGGGGCUGCCGGUCGGCACCAAGAUAACCCUGAGUGUGGUAGCCAUCGCCUCUGGCACCGUGGAGGCAGACAAAGUGACCAUCGUCGACUACACCGCCCCUGAGCCGAUUUCAAACCUGAUCUUGAAGUCGACUGUAGACUCCCUCAAGGCCACCUGGAGCCGGCCUGCUGGCAGCUACUCGUCUUUUAACGUCACGCUGCGGCUGGACGGUCGGGAUGUGGAUACGACAGCAGACGGGACCAAGCCUGUGAAGAACUUUCACUGGCUGAAGGCUGGAGCCAAGUACACAGUGAUCGUCCGCAGUGUGAGUGGACAUCUCCAAAGUCAGCCGCUGGAAAAAUCCAAAUUCACCCUGCCGCGCCCGUCCACUGGUGCCACUGUCAUUUCCACCGGCAGGGACCGACUCACCUUCCAGUGGACGGCCCCUGACAACAUAGGGACACCCACGUACCUGGUGACCCUCAACUCCAGCUUCUGGGGCCAACACUGGUCGUUCAAUCUGGUCAACAUAAGCACACACACGUUUCAGAACCUGACCUCAGGGACCAGGUACACGUUUCAGGUGCGAACCGUGACAGAUGAAGCGCAAAGUUCCCCAGUGACCAUUUCCCACCUCACAGACGUCGACAAAAGAGAAGUCAGUCUGUCCAUGUUGUGCUCCUCCUCAGAGCCUCUCCUCUGUGCUAACGACGCCACAGAGGAAAGUGUGUUCCGUCAGCUGAAGGCACAUUUUAAUCAUCUACUGGGGGACCAUGUUUUCUGGAAACUCGAGAAGCAAGAAAGUGAAAACACAAUUUCUUAAUUUUCAGUGAUAUUGAUGAAGGUAAUUUGAUUGUGUUUUCUGGUUUGGAUUUUUCAUCAAUGAGUUAUUUAUGCUUUCACUGCAGUUUCCGAAAUUAGAAUAUUAAGCUUGUGUGUGUGUGUGUGUGACUUUUAUC